AUGUUCUUUCUCUCCUUGUAGGAAGAACUCAGAAGGCUCCAGAACACCUUGGAACAGGUCAAUGAUGGCAAAUAUUUACUUCAAAGCCAUCAGCUUGCCAUGGAUGAGGAAAAUAAUAUUGAAAAAUAUCCUAUCAACUUACAGCCCUUGGAAUCAAAAGUGAAAAUCAUUCAGCGAGCAUGGCGUGACUACCUGCAGCGGCAGGACCUGCCCCACCACGACCCGCCGGAGAAGCGCAGCCCUUCGCCGCCUUCCCUUGCGUCCGACAAGCUCAGCAGCUCCGUCAGCAUGAACACCUUCUCCGACAGCAGCACGCCGGUGAGUACGCCCCGCGGGCCCGUUCUCCUGUUCCUACUGCCGCCUGCGCUCCUUCCCAGGACUAUCGCAGAAAUGAGCUAUUUGGCGAAAGCUAUGCUGUUGACUGAUGAUUGA